GAACUUUAUCACGUAUGAAUCAUGUCUUCAAAGAGGGCGCCUCGCUCCGCAGAAUCGCCGCUUGCUGACGUUUUUGGGCUGUCAUGUGAUUAGCAGGGUUCAAUGAGAGCUGUUUGCCCCACCCAUCUCCUCAACGCUGUCUAUCUCAAUGUACAAUUUACUGAGAAAAGGAAAUAAUCGCUAAAAAUACACCCUCGAAAAGGAUCCAUUCGCCACAAUUGGGGAUUCAGUGCGCUCCGUCCGUAGGGAAUCCAUCACUGUCGUUUUGGUGUCGGAUUUAUCUUCACGUUUCCAAAUGCACAUGAUCUAAGAAGGAUUCAAGAAGGAUACAAAGCGUAGCCUGACAGCGGACUCUGACUGCCGAUAACCGGUACGUUAAAAUAUCGACGGAAUCGCUAGCAUUUGCAUCUGCGGUUGAAAGAACCGUAAGGAUCGCCGCUCGCGUCAAAGCAAAGCCUACGGAUGUGAGGAGAAAUUCAAAUUACGGUAACGGAGAAGACGAAGAAGGGCCUCGUUUGAUUUGGACAAGCCGAAAAAAAGCGAUCAGUCACCGUGAGCAGAACAGGAGGGAAAAUAGCGUCAACCCGAAGGAACAUUUUUCAGCAGCACCGCCGUAUUUUUCUCGUAGACAACGUCGUUUCGUAACGGAGUUAAAAGGUUCAUGUCGGCCACGGCGCAGGGCGGAACGAUCCACAUGCCGUCAUUUUGGUGGAAAUAUUUAUUUUUUUAAUUUGUAGCCACCCUUUCUAUCUCGUCCUGCCCGUCUCGUUGCAUCGGCAAGCGGAUUCGACAGAAACAAACCGAAAGAAUCGCGUUUUGUGGAGCUAUUCAUGAUUUUAAUAGGAGUCGCUCGUUAUCUCGGGAAACCGACCAUGGAUUCGCGACGGGAAAUUUGCUAAAUCGCCGUCGUGGGGAAGCCGAGAUCAUUCAUGUAACGUCGAAGGCUUCGCUGGAUGCACAUCCACACACCGAAAUCAAAUAUUUUAUAGCAGCAAAGCGCUCGACAAGACUCGGCCAUCUGUAGGCCGGCCUAGUGUUUUCACCACCACCCAUUCUCGCCAAUACCAGUCACCCAGAGCUUUCACAUUUCCCCGUGCUCCCCUCCUGCCCUUAACAACGAAAUCCGGGGAAGCUAUGUGCAUACAAGUAUAAAUGUCCCGGUUUUCCAUCAAAGUGUUCUGAUCGGAGGACAAUCGAGGAAUUUGGAUCAUUUAUUCAUACGGUAGAUACACCCCACACCCACCCCAAAACUUUUCUUGGGUUUUUGGGAAAAUGGGUUGUUUGGGCAACAGUAAGACUGAGGACCAACGAAAUGAGGAGAAGGCCCAGCGAGAAGCUAACAAAAAGAUAGAGAAACAGCUCCAGAAAGACAAACAGAUCUACAGAGCAACUCAUCGACUACUACUGUUAGGGGCUGGAGAAUCGGGGAAGAGCACCAUAGUCAAACAGAUGCGCAUUUUACACGUUAAUGGCUUCAAUGCUGAAGAGAAAAAACAGAAAAUUCAUGACAUCAAGAAUAAUAUAAAAGAAGCUAUAGAGACUAUUGUGACGGCAAUGUCCGUGUUGGUACCUCCAGUCCAGUUAGCCUGCUCUGCAAAUAAGUUUAGAAUUGAUUACAUCCUCAAUUUAGCUAAUCAGAAGGACUUUGAAUUCACACCGGAAUUUUAUGAACACACAAAGACCUUGUGGCAGGAUGAAGGGGUGAGAGCUUGCUUCGAAAGAUCCAAUGAAUAUCAACUGAUUGACUGCGCACAGUAUUUCCUGGACAGGAUUGACACUGUGAAACAGAGUGACUAUACUCCCACUGAUCAGGACUUGCUCAGAUGCAGAGUUCUGACUUCCGGGAUCUUUGAGACAAGAUUCCAAGUGGACAAAGUUAAUUUUCAUAUGUUUGAUGUUGGCGGCCAGAGAGACGAACGCAGGAAAUGGAUCCAAUGUUUUAAUGAUGUGACAGCCAUCAUUUUCGUGGUAGCCAGCAGCAGUUAUAACAUGGUGCUCAGAGAGGACAAUCAGACCAACAGACUCCAGGAGGCACUUAACCUGUUCAAGAACAUCUGGAAUAACAGGUGGCUUCGAACUAUUUCUGUCAUUCUGUUCCUAAACAAGCAGGACUUGCUGGCUGAGAAGGUUUUGGCGGGAAAAUCAAAAAUUGAGGAUUACUUUCCAGAGUUUGCACGCUACACUACACCAGAUGAUGCAACACCAGAGCAAGGGGAAGAUCCACGAGUUACAAGAGCAAAAUAUUUCAUCCGAGAUGAGUUCUUGAGGAUCAGUACAGCGAGUGGAGAUGGCCGGCACUACUGCUACCCCCACUUCACCUGUGCCGUGGACACAGAAAACAUCAGCCGAGUGUUUAACGACUGCAGAGACAUCAUCCAGCGCAUGCACCUACGACAGUACGAACUCUUGUGAUUGCAGCAGGGAUGACAGGACGCCAACUCACCACCUGAACUUUCUUUAGGCCCCCCUGCCCUACAUCACGCCCCAAUAUCAAACCACGAACCUUCAAACUGAUGAGUCCCCACCUCUUACACUUAAACACACACACAUAUAUAUAAUAUAGACAUACAUACAUACACACACGGCCUUUCUACAUCCUGAGUGACUAGGGGCUGGGGCAAGGGGACACACUGUGUUACUGAUGAAAGCAUGGCUGUGAUAUCUGGCAAAAAGACAUGUUAACAGCCAAGGACUACCGAUGUUAAUAAAGAGAGAGAGGAAAAUAAAACAUGUGAGAGGGAGAGGGAGGGGGGAGAAAAGAGGGAAGAAAGAAAGGUGUCCAGAACUGCUCAGGACAAGGAAGCCAUUUCGUACACAUACAGACACAUAAUGCGUCCAGCUAAACUCCUGACCCGCAGUCCUAUGUAUGUUACACGUCAAACCUGUCUCUUUUUUUUUUAAAUCUGCCUAAACACACGUUACUUGUAUUGAUGCGCACGCACAAGACAUACACACGCUAUUCUUAUCCUACACUGUUUUGGUCCUGUUGAACGUUUAGUGCCUGUGCGAGCCUGGCGCAUCCCCCUCACCUUUUUCCCAUUUCCCCUUUCCCAAAACCACAUCCCACCCCCAAAGGUGGACCGACCCCACCUGAGGGGAGCAAAACGAUGGACCGUAUGUUAGAACAAAACAAAAAAACAGAAUGUAGAGCAAAAUGUC